CCCCCUCCACUACACUACACCUUCAUCACUCUUUAUAACCCCUGUCUCCCUUAAACACCCCCUUAUCUCACAUUCAUACCCUAUUACUCCUUAUUCAUUCACCACCCUAUCCAACAUGGCUGAGGAGACUCCAAACCAGACAACCACACCACCCCCUCCUCAAGAGUCAGUGGUGCAAGUGGAGGAAGUGGUGGUAACCGAUGUUCCACAGCCCGACAAAACAACAACUACAGUUCCAGUUGAAAGAGAUUCGCAACCUCAACCUUAUGAGCCAGAGAAGAAGAAGCCCGUUGAGGAAACCGUCACUCUCGAGACUCACCUCUCCAAACCCAACAAUGCUGACCACACCAACAACAUCCCUGAAUUCAUUGAAGAAAGCACCAAACUUUCUGACCUCCCAGAAAACGAAAACAAGGCUCUCCAAGAGCUCAAGAAGCUCGUUCAAGACGCUCUCAACAAUCACCACUUCUCUUCCAAACAUGAUAACAAGAAGCCACCACAAACAACUGCUGCUGACAACAAGGAAGAACAACAACCACAAGAAGUUGUAACUGAAACUAAACCUGAUGCUGCCCCAGCAAAAACCGAAGAGGAGCAUGUUGAAACAAAGAAGGAAGAGGAAAAGGAGGAAGAAGAAAAGGAGCAAGUGACAGAAACGAAGGAAGAAGAAGCUGCGGUGGAUGAUGAUGGAGCAAAAACUGUGGAGGCCAUUGAAGAGACCGUUGUUGCUGUUUCUUCUACCGUUCAGCCUCAAGCUGAAGAGAAAGCUUCAGAACCAGAAGCCACCAAAGAAGAAUCUUCACCGCCACUUCCACCUGAAGAGGCUUCCAUUUGGGGGAUACCGCUGCUUGCAGACGAGAGGAGCGAUGUGAUUCUGCUUAAGUUUCUGCGCGCGAGAGAGUUCAAGGUGAAGGAGGCAUUCACCAUGCUGAAGAACACGAUCCAGUGGAGGAAGGAGUUUGGGAUGGAGGAGCUGAUGGAAGAGAAGCUCGGGGAUGAGUUGGAGAAGGUGGUGUUCAUGCACGGCUUUGACAAGGAGGGUCACCCUGUGUGUUACAACAUAUAUGAGGAGUUCCAGAACAAGGAGUUGUACAAGAAGACUUUUUCUGAUGAGGAGAAGAGGGAGAAGUUCCUGAGGUGGAGAAUUCAGUUCCUGGAGAAGAGUAUAAGGAAGCUUGAUUUCAACCCUGGUGGCAUAUGCACCAUUGUUCAUGUUAAUGACCUCAAGAACUCUCCUGGACUUGCCAAGUGGGAACUUAGACAAGCCACCAAACAUGCCCUACAAUUGCUUCAAGACAAUUACCCUGAAUUUGUUGCCAAACAGGUUUUUAUUAAUGUGCCUUGGUGGUACCUGGCAGUGAAUAGGAUGAUAAGCCCUUUUCUUACUCAGAGGACUAAAAGCAAGUUUGUCUUUGCUGGGCCUUCCAAAUCAACGGAAACCCUUUUGAGAUAUAUAGCUCCGGAGCAGCUUCCGGUGAAGUACGGUGGACUAGGCAAAGAUGGGGAGUUCGGAAAUACCGAUGCUGUCACAGAAAUCACAGUGAGGCCGGCAGCAAAACAUACUGUGGAAUUUUCAGUUACUGAGAACUGCUUACUCUCUUGGGAGCUCAGAGUAAUAGGAUGGGAAGUAAGUUAUGGCGCAGAAUUUGUGCCAAGCUCAGAAGGAAGCUACACAGUAAUUGUCCAGAAGGCUAGGAAGGUUGCUUCAUCAGAAGAACCAGUUCUUUGCAACAGUUUUAAGGUUGGUGAACCUGGGAAAGUUGUUCUCACUAUUGACAACACAAGCUCUAAGAAGAAGAAGCUAUUGUACCGCUUGAAGACCAAGCCUUCCCUCUCUGACUAAAAUCAUUAUUGUUAUGUGUAUGUGCAAGUGGGAAGAGGAAGAUCACUACCUGAAUUGGUUGCUUACGUUCCUGCAUCAACUUUCCUGCUGUUCAUAUAUGAAUAUAAAGUUUUUCUUUUUUUUUGCCAUUUUGUUUCAAUGAUUAUUAUGUUUUCUACCAUAUUAUAUAAUUUUAUAUAUACCUCUUUCUGUGUUUUUGUUGGUAUGAUUAUUUUAAUAGUUGUUGUUAUCACUGAAGAAAAAUAUCAAGCUCCUUUUUUCAAAUUGGGGGUAUCUUUUGAGUUGUUGGCUGUUGCCCUAUCUGUAUGUUAUAAAUAUAAUGUAAAAUUUUUGUGGGGUC